CUUCCUUUCUCCACACAUUGAUUACAUUGGGAGUAGAAAAUGAAAGAAAAGGGAAGAAUCUAGUCUCCCAACACGUGUCACUCUCACACCACUCGUUUACAGAUAUAAAAGACUUUUGGCACGCACAUUUUCUCAAGCUAUUUAUUCUGGACUCUGCUAGUUCAAUCUCUCUGUUCAUACUAAUUAGUAUAAUUCUAUCAUUUUUGCAACCAAUACUGAUAAAGGUAAUCAACAAUAUCGUGUAUGUUUUCUGUUGCUGUUUAUUGUUUCGUAUAAUCAUCGUCUAGCCAUGUGACUGGAACUAGGGGUUGGAGUAACAAUAUGCAGAGAGAAAGAGGUGGCAGAGACAAUUUCAACUCCUUCAGCAGUCCAUUUGGAGGCAUAAUGUCAAGUAUAUUUUGGGGAAGAGACCCAUUUGAUGACCCAUUUUUCACUUGUCCUUUUACAAACUCGUCUCAGUCUUCCGUGUUACAUCCAAGAACUCCUUCUGAUGACUUGCAGCAGGUUGAUGAAUCUAAUAGUCCAGUCAUUCAAGAGAUAGAUAUGGAUGAUGAGGAAGAAGCACCGCUAGAACUAGAGGAGGACGACGUUAGUGGCUCUAAGAAGAAAAGAGACAGGGCUUAUGCUAACAGAAAUCCACUUGUUGAACACCCUGAAGAUCAAACUGAUGACCAUAGCAAGAACAAGAUCAUAAGCAAAGAUGUGACUCGUGGAAUGAAAGACAUGAAAUUGAAAGGAACUCAAUCUAAGACUCAGAGCAUGAGCUAUAGACGAGUUGCAUAUGGUGGAAUAGAUGGGACAUAUUACACUGCCACCACCACACGGAGGGCUGGAAGUGAUGGAAGGGUGCUGGAGGAGAGCAAGCAAGCAGAUAGAACAACUGGCCAAGCUACACAUAGAGUCUCCAGAGGCAUUCACGAUAAGGGGCACUCGUUGACGAGGAAGCUUGCCUCCGAUGGUAAGGUGGACACUAUGCAGACGUUGCAUAAUCUAGAAGAAGAUGAAUUAGCUGGCUUUGAACAGACAUGGAAGGACAAUGCUGAUAAGGAUGUCCAUGGGUGGAAGAGUGGGCCUGAUUUCCCUGCGAAUGCAGGAACAAGCAGUAAUUGGCUGACAAAUUGGGAAGCUGGAUUCCGGGAUCCAUUUAGCGGUGUUAGACCAACUAAUAACAGUUCUCAGCCGGGGACACAUAGUGGAAGAGCAAAGAAGGUCGUCAGGAUCAAUAUAGAGUGACAUGUACGCAUUCACCGGAUUGAUUUCGAGCCAGGGAUUGGAGAACUUCCUAGUAGUAGACUACAUUACACCCCUUUUAACCCCCCCCACCCCCACCCCCCGAAAAAAAGAACCUACAUAUUUGGUAGUUGCUUUAGGGUCUUGGUGAGGGGUGAUACUGUGUUGUAGUAUUAAUGCUUUAUCCAGGAAUGUUUUUGUUCUACUUAUUUAUCAUCAAGAAGAUUUAGUUUAUUAGGUGUGCUGUGAGCAUCACACACAAUUUUGAAUAAAUGGUGCUUAUAUUUAGUGAAGGAUAUGUUCUGAAAUGUUGAAGAAUAACUAUAUGCUCUAGUUUAUUUUUUCCUUUGUAUAUAAUUGAAAGAAAUUCUAAGCGACAGUAAUAUGAUC